AGGGAAGGCAUGAGUGGCAGACCCGCAGCAAGGCAGUGGGGUAAGUGUGGACAAUUGUGUAGAAGAGAGAGCAUCAUGGUGGCCUUCAGAGGGGUCUGGACUCAAGCUUUCUGGAAGGCAGUCACAGCAGAAUUUCUGGCUAUGCUCAUCUUUGUGCUCCUCAGCCUGGGAUCUACCAUCAACUGGGGGGGAACGGAAAAGCCCCUACCUGUCGACAUGGUUCUCAUCUCCCUCUGCUUUGGACUCAGCAUUGCAACUAUGGUACAGUGCUUCGGCCACAUCAGCGGCGGCCACAUCAACCCUGCUGUGACAGUGGCCAUGGUGUGCACUAGGAAGAUUAGCAUCGCCAAGUCUGUCUUCUAUGUCACGGCCCAGUGCCUGGGCGCCAUCAUCGGAGCCGGGAUUCUCUACCUCGUCACACCUCCCAGUGUGGUGGGGGGCUUGGGGGUCACCACGGUUCAUGGAAAUCUUACUGCUGGUCACGGUCUCCUGGUGGAGUUGAUAAUCACAUUUCAGUUGGUGUUUACUAUCUUUGCCAGCUGUGAUUCCAAACGGACUGAUGUCACUGGUUCAGUAGCUUUAGCAAUUGGAUUUUCUGUUGCAAUUGGACAUUUAUUUGCGAUCAAUUACACCGGUGCCAGCAUGAAUCCCGCCCGAUCCUUUGGACCUGCAGUUAUCAUGGGAAAUUGGGAAAACCACUGGAUAUAUUGGGUUGGACCGAUAAUAGGAGCUGUCCUCGCUGGUGGCCUUUACGAGUAUGUCUUCUGUCCAGAUGUUGAACUCAAACGUCGUUUGAAAGAAGCCUUCAGCAAAGCUGCCCAGCAAACAAAGGGGAGCUACAUGGAAGUGGAGGACAACAGGAGUCAGGUAGAGACUGACGACUUGAUCUUAAAACCUGGAGUGGUGCACGUGAUUGACAUUGACCGGAGCGAGGAGAAGAAAGGGAAAGACCCGUCGGGUGAGGUGUUGUCUUCUGUAUGA